GUCUCUUCAUUCAUUCAUUCACUAAUGCCUGCAGGUGGAAAUUGGCGUGAAGCGGCGCCGGGGCCGGGAAAUACAGAGCCUCUGUAGGGAAAUGUGCAUCUUAGGGAAGGUGCCUGGUGGGGAACAGAAUUAGUCUGCUGGGUUUUAACCGGACUGAAUCCCUUUGGAACAACACAUCGAUUUAUAGAUCUUGCCAUGGAAGAUAGUGCGAGCGAAUUGCUGCCGGAUCUAAAGGAUCUGGAGAAUAAGGUUGGACGUAAGACGCCAGAAGGCUUGCUGCGGUGGUUGCGGGAGGACACAGCGCGGCUAGCCGGGGAGAAGGUGGACACUGCUGGGCCGAGCGGGGACCAGGCAGCGCUGUUCCCCGGGCAGAACAAGAAGCUGCCCCAGGGUCUGGCCGAGAAGAUCCGAAUGCUCCGACUGGAAAUGGCAUAUCUAAGAACGAUUGAUAUCAAGAUUAUGCACCAGUUAAUGGCUGUUAAUGAAGGGAUUGAGGCAGUGAAGUGGAUUUUGGAAGAAAAAGGCACUCUUGCCAGCAGAUGCAGCAGUCUGACCAGCAGUAUGUACAGCCUUGUGGAAAGCCAGGAGACUUCAAGGAGAGGUAGCUGGAACAGCCUACAGGAUCCAAAUGAUAAAUUGGAUGGCAUCUCCAUUGGAAGUUUUUUGGAUACUUUGGCUGAUGAUAUGGAUGAAUAUUGUCAGACCUCCACAGAUCCUUUGUCUUCUACACCCUCGAACCAAGGAGGCGCAUUCACUACAAUGGAGAAGGAAAUAUUUACCAAUGAGACACAUUGCCAACAAACCAACUUGGCUAAUGGAUUUUUGGAAAAGCAAGUAAACAGUGUUGCUGAUUGCAAUGUGGAAAGUAAAUUCUCUCAUGAUAAAUCAUGCAAAGAUAUUGGCAAACUGAAGAUUCAAAAAAAUGGGAAAAUAGAUCAUGAUGGUUGCAAACUAAAUAAAAUGCACAUUGAGUAUGAUGCUCACUGGCAUUGGGUACAGUCACAAGAUGAUGUAACGUUCCUGUGAGGGCUGACACUGUUAAUGAUCUAUGCAGUAGUACUCAACUCCCCCACAGUCAAAUCCAUUACAAUCCAAACUUGAAUUAAUACCAUUAACAAUAGAUGAGUAAAUGUGGGCUAUUGGAGCUUUACAGUUUUUUUAAAUCCUUGAUCAAAAAUAAAUUUUAGCAGUAACCAAGCGUGCAAGUUUCAAAAGAUAUUUCAUCCUCCAAAAGGUUAUUCUGCUCUGUUUCAUUUCAGUGACGCGUGACAGUAGCAAGCCAUUUGCUAUGGCUGCUUUUUAUUGCAGACUGAAACUGUCAAGUUCAAAGGUAUGGGUGGUCAAUAUGGCAAAAUGCAGGAAAAAGAAACACAUUCUGAGGUAUUCUUGUAGUAAAAGCCAAAUGUUUCAAGUGUCAGAACAGAGUAGCAGUGUGAGAAACUUGAUAGUUUUAAGGAUUUGGAGAAUACAAAUUGGAUUUUAAUUACUGAUAUUAUAUUUAGAUGAGAAUCAUAGCUUGUACAAAUGGUCAGUUUAUAACUCUGAUUUUUUUUUGUUAUAGUGUAAGUGCAGCCCUAACCAGGAGUCCAGGCCCAACCUGACAUUGGAUCAAAGCACAAUUAGUUUGGGCCAUAACGCUCUGGAUUUACACCACAUACAGUUAGCAUUGAUAUGAAACAGAAACAAUUUUUAAAAAAAUGCAAAUUGUUUCUGUCAUAAAAAUUAUUAUUCUAAAAUAUGUUUUGAUAGCUAUGAUGAGUAAUGGGGAAAUAAAAGUUUAUAUUGUCACUCUGACUAGCUAAAUAUGUUUUGGGCUGCAGGUGGAGUACCACUUUGUUAAUGUAUAGGAUUAAGAUGAUCUUUCAGUGAAUAAUAUUCUUACAGGCCACAUCAAUAAUUGUACCUUUUUUUAACUAUUUCAAUAAUUAAGAGGCAUGAUAAUUGUAGUGUGAUUAAAAUUAAUUGGGUAUACUUUCGUUUGCAAUAUUAAUAUAUUUGAGGUUUGGCCUAGCAGAUGAAGGAUUUCACUUUUUAACAUGGAAGUAAGCACUUAAAUUGGUAAAUCUCAGUUAUUUGAGAAGAAAAACAUUCCAAGGUUCAGUGGGUUUAAAUAUUUGCAGAGACUUAAAAUAUUUGAGCUAUUCAUGAGUUAGUCAUUUCUUGUGCAGAUAGUUUGAGAUGCCAGUUUUAACUGGGGCUCGUGAAGCAGGCAACCUACUCUUCUUCACCUAUGUAGCUUUCAACAUGGAGUAUUUGCGUGCACAUAUUUAUCUCUUUUGAUUUGGUAGAGGGAAAUUCUGGUUCACGUUUAAAUGGCAGGGCAGCAGUAAGUUAGUUAACCUCUUGCUAUGGCUGGGGAAACCUUUUAUCAAAUGUUAUUCCCUUCAACACAUACUUCUCCUUUUAUGAGGGAAGAUAUUAGAAAAGUCAGAACAGCUUUUUUUAAUCUAAUAAAAGGGAGGCAUCAUUAUUGUAUUUCAACGCACAUUUCAGAUAUAAUCGCCUCUUUUAUGUAGUUUAUUCAAAGAAAUAUGUGGUUUAAGAUAUGAUGCAGGAAUCUUUUUGAUCCAAGCACAAUUGCCUUUGGGAAGGUACAGUGCAUUUUUUUCCUCGUAUGAUGUUGAAUGACAAGCCAGCCGGGAUUUUUGAAAACCGCAGACAAUUGUUUUUCUCUCUUGGAGUAGCAGUUUGACCUGGUUUAUUCAAACUCUUCUGGGAAGACAUUUAUUAGACUUCAAAUCACUGGCCAACUCUGCUAUUCAUUCAAAAAUGUGUAAAAGAUUGAAAAUGACCCCUGAAGCUGGUGUAGAAUGGAGGAAAAGAAAGCCCUUUUAUUGUUUUGCCUUGUAAUGCUGUACUUCUCUCGAUAUUCCUAAAUUUAGCAUCAAGUCGUAUGUACUUCUUCAGAUAGUGAAGGUCAUAGGAGGUUUUCAGAGGUGCAGGGAACUCAUAUUCAUCCUAUGAUAAGAUUAAGGUUAUGGUUAGCCUUAAUCCUAAUCCUAAUCCUAACCCUAACACUAACUGUCUGAGUUUUUAAGCAUUUCUUUCUAUGGGCAUGCAUAUAGCUAAAAGGGUGUGCAGUUUAAUUGAACCACUUCUUUCUGAUUCUCUAAGUAGGAAGCCAUUUGAUUUGAGAAACAUCUGAUUAAAGUUGGAAUGUGCUGAUGUCUUUUGUUGUUCAGGUGGUUUCUUCAGAGUGCAGUUACAGGAGAUGUGCUGAGCGAAUUUCAGCAUGUGUUGAGGUAGGUAUGUCUUCUAAAGAAUUGAAUUUUAAAAGCCAGGUCAACAACUUGUGAUUGAAGUGCUGAAUUCAUGUGUUCAUAUUAAUGUUUUGCAAUUUUUAACGAUCAUAACGCAUGUUCAGAAAGUAACAAUAUAUGCAAGCAAAUGUGAGCCAGCAAAGUGAAAAUCAUAUGCAUCAAUAACAGUAAAUCAGUCUAAUGGGCAUUUUAGGAAUUAAAGGGGUCUUCCACUUGAAUUAAUUUGGGUUCACGAUGUAAAACUUUUGAUUUAUCCAGUUUGCUUAUGAUGGAAGAUAGCUCUAGGGAGAAAGAAAUAUUUGGCUUAAUGGGUUAUGGAUAAACCAGGUCUGUCUCUCUUUUAUGCUGUACUUCAAAUGAUUCCUAUAUUGUCAGAGUUAUUGAUAUUUUUGCUGAAGUCUUAAAUGAAGAUUUGAGGGUGAUUGAAGUGCCUGCCAAUGUUCAAUGAAAACAGGAAAUGAAAUAUUCUUUUGCAAAGCAACACAGUGCACUAAAGUCUUGAAGUAUGGUGAUUGCCAAACUAUGAACAUUUCUAUUUGUGUAACAUGUACAUGUGUAUAGUAUGAUGUGUCUGGAUAUUGUAGAAAUUGCCAAAUUUAACUUGUUCAUGGAUAAAUCCUGGAAUUGAUCCUUUGUUUGGGACUUUCAGUCUCAUCAUAACUGGACUAAGAUUUGAAGCUGCUUCAUUCUGUUAAUCAUAUUUAAUACAUUCCUUGGUUAUACAUUUUAUAUUUUACUAUUAAACUCAAAAAGCUUAGUUUUAUGAAUAAGAUAUAAUCAAAGUGUGAUAAUAUACCUGUGAGUGUUACAGCUAUCUAAAUUACAGAUCAAUGCAGUAACAGCAAUAUUAAACCCUUCUGUAUACAAAGUUAAAUUGUGUGUAAAUAUUUUGAAUAAUG